AAAGGAAGGGACAAGAACCAUAGUAGACCAACUCCUGUUUUUAAAUUUUCUCAAAUUGAUAAUCUCUCUGGCCCAAAAUUGGCCACUUGUUCCACAAAGACUCAAACUUGAGCAACAAAUUCAAUUUCUUUCUUUCUUAUAGCUACCUUUUUGUCUCUAUGUUGAAAGCUCCGUAUAAGUAAGCUGAAUAUAAAGUUUGAAAUUUUCCAAGGAAUCUUCUUGCAAGGUUCAAGUUUCCAAAUCUGGGUCUUGCUCAUUUGUCCUCGUCUGCCUGAGUUGCGAAUUCUUUGUUCCUCUCAGGGUCUUCAAUUUUCUGGGGUUCUAAUGGUUUGAGGCUUUUGAGAAGAUAGUUAUGGAGGUUGGGUGAAAUGGGUGGUGGAAGGUGGUUUUGGAAAUGGGUUCCCCCUUUUAAUGAAUGCAUUGUUAGUACACUGUUAUCACUUGUAGCUUCAUGAUUGUUAGGUUAGGGUUCCUAGUAGCUGCUUCAAUUGCAGCCUUUAAAAUUCAGCAGCUGAAUUUGAAUAACUCCAAAUCAGAACAUGGCCAAGCAAGGAUUAGAGAACAUCAAAAAGGGGGUACGGAACAUGAACAGACCACUUGUUCUACUAAUGGUCUUGACCGAAACAAUAGGAAGGAGGAGGAGGAGCAAGAAGAGGAGGUUAAGUUAAUUAGCAAUAUAAUCAAUCAGCAUAAUGAUUUUGAAGAUGAUAUUCUACCUGAAUUUGAACGCUUUCUAUCCGGGGAGGUUGAGUUUGACGAGAUUGAUGAAGCGAAGAAAGACCGGGUUCAUGAAAAUGAAAAGGCAAACGAUGCUAGUGAAUUGGAAAGGAUGAGGAAUUUAGUCAGGGAAUUGGAGGAGAGGGAAGUGAAACUUGAAGGCGAAUUGCUUGAAUACUAUGGUUUGAAGGAGCAGGAAUCAAACAUUGUAGAUUUACAAAGGCAGUUACAAAAUAAGAUGGUGGAAAUAGAUAUGCUUAAUGUAACCAUUGAUUCCUUGUUGGAAGAGAGGAAGAAGCUACAAGAAGAGCUCGCAGACCGAGCUUCAGCCAGGGACGAACUUGAGGUGGCUAGAAGCAAGAUCAAGGAGUUGAAAAGGCAGAUACAGGUUGAGGCUAACCAGACAAAAGGCCAGCUAUUGUUGCUUAAACAACAAGUUUCUGGUCUACAAGCGAAAGAAGAAGAGGCUGUUAAGAAUGAUCCUGAGAUUCAAAAGAAAUUGAAGGCUGCAAAUGAUUUGGAGGUUGAAGUUGCGGAGCUUAAGAGAGAAAACAUAGAACUUCAACAUGAGAAGCGAGAACUAACCGUUAAACUAAAUGCUGCUGAAUCUAGAAUUACAGAAAUAUCCAAUAUUACAGAGAAUGAAAUGGUAGUGAAGGCAAAAGAGGAGGUCAGUAGACUGACACAUGCGAAGGAAGAUCUGCAAAAGCAAGUCGAAGGACUACAGAUGAAUAGGUUCAGUGAAGUUGAAGAACUUGUAUACCUCCGUUGGGUCAAUGCAUGCUUGAGAUAUGAACUCAGGAAUCACCCUCCGCCUCUAGGAAAAUUAUCCGCCCGUGAUCUAAACCAGAGUCUUAGCCCAAAAUCACAAGAGAAGGCUAAGAAGCUACUGUUAGAAUAUGCCGGAUCAGAACGUGGCCAAGUUGACACAGAUUUCGAUAGCACCUUUUCCCAUUCCUCUUCACCUGGAAGUGAAGAUCUUGACAAUACCUCUAUUGAGAGCUCUACUAGCAGCAGACACAGUAGUCUUAACAAGAAGCCUAGCUUAAUCCAAAAGUUGAAAAAAUGGGGUAAAAGCAAAGAUGAUUCAAGUACUCUUAUAUCACCUGCCAGAUCUUUCUCAGGAGGCUCUCCAGGAAGGAGGAGUGCGAGUGAUAGGCCUAGGGGUACAUUGGAGUCGAUGAUGCUAAGAAAUGCUGGUGAUGAUGUAGCCAUCACUGCCUUUGGGCAGAAGGAUCAGGAGCCUACUGUUAUUCAUGAGGAUGUUUCAUCCAGUGACUCCUUAAAUUCGGUUUCAGCCUCAUUCCAAUUGAUGUCUAAAUCGGUUGAGGGUUCACUGGACGAAAGAUAUCCUGCAUAUAAAGAUCGCCACAAAUUGGCCUUAGCAAGGGAGAAAGAAAUCAGGGAAAAGGCUGAAAAAGCAAGAAUAAAGAAGUUCGGUGAUGACUCAAAUAUGAACAUAACCAAGGCUGGAGGCGAAGGGCUUAUAUCUUUGCCACCAAAACUUACACAAAUAAAGGGGAAGACAUAUGUCCCUGGUAAUCCAAAUGAUCUCUCUGAGAAUGAUAGGGAUGUUGACAAUCAAAACAUUAGCAAGAUGAAACUUGGACAGAUUGAGAAAAGGCCUCCUAGGGUGCCUCGUCCGCCUCCUAAAUCAUCCGAUGGUGCUCCUGUUAGAGCUAAUGCAAAUCCAUCUAAUGAAGUACCCCAUGGUCCCCCUUUACCUCCUCCUCCCCCAGGAAGCCUGCCGAAAGGUGCAAUGGAUGGUGACAAAGUUCACCGGGCUCCCGAGCUAGUAGAAUUUUAUCAGACAUUGAUGAAACGGGAGGCAAAGAAGGAUACCUCAUCUUUAGUUUUGUCAACAGCUAAUGCAUCCGAUGCAAGGAGCAACAUGAUUGGGGAAAUUGAGAAUAGAUCAUCAUUCCUGUUAGCUGUGAAAGCUGAUGUAGAAACACAAGGAGAUUUUGUGAUGUUCUUGGCAACUGAAGUUCGAGCUGCCUCAUUCUCUAAGAUUGAAGAUCUUGUGGCCUUCGUGAAUUGGCUUGAUGAGGAGCUUUCCUUCCUGGUUGAUGAAAGAGCAGUUCUCAAGCACUUCGAUUGGCCUGAAGGAAAAACAGAUGCACUGAGAGAGGCUGCUUUUGAAUAUCAGGAUCUCAUGAAAUUGGAGAAGCGAGUCUCCACCUUCACUAAUGAUCCUGAACUUCCAUGUGAAGCUGCUUUGAAGAAAAUGUAUUCAUUGCUUGAAAAAGUGGAGCAAAGCGUGUAUGCACUCUUGCGGACAAGAGAGAUGGCAAUUUCACGAUACAGGGAAUUCGGAAUCCCAGUAAAUUGGCUAUUAGAUUCAGGUGUUGUUGGCAAGAUCAAGCUUUCCUCUGUGCAACUUGCCAAGAAGUACAUGAAAUGCAUAGCAUCUGAACUCGAUACGCUAUCCGGCCCUGAGAAGGAACCAACAAGAGAGUUUUUGAUUCUGCAAGGCGUACGAUUCGCUUUCCGUGUACAUCAGUUUGCAGGAGGCUUUGAUGCAGAAAGCAUGAAGGUUUUUGAAGAACUAAGGAGCCACAUUCGUUCCCAAGCAGGCACAGAAAAAUAAGCAUAGGGUGAUCAUAUUUCUAUACAAGAGAAACUAUUUUCUUCAUUUCUUAACACCAACACUUGCGUUUAGGAUUCUCACUUGUUAAAACUGUACAUUCAUUUUUCUUGAGAUUCAAGUUAUAAUGUCAUAUAAUUAACACAUAGUGCUACCUUAUUUUUAUAAAAUUUAUUAUGUAGUCACCUUCCCCAAAGUCAUUACAAAUCAAGCAUAUCAUAUGUAAUACCUCUUAAUUUCACUGAAAACCGGUGUAUAUGUCAUUCUUACUCUUCAAUUUUUUGGACAGAAAAUUGAUAUUAAA